CAGAUCGUGGGUGGCGUGGCUGCUCGGACGGAGAUGGUUCGAAUGCUGCAGAUUGGAGUGGCGUGCACGAAGGUCCGGCCGGACGAGAGGCCAGAGAUGAAGCAGGCGGCGGAGAUGGUGGAGGAGAUCGCCACCGGAGGCGAAGGCGGUGGUGGAGUGGAGUCUGGGAGUCCGGUGCGGAGCACGGAGUCGUGGAGGGACGGGAGCUUGCGUGGGUCGCGCGACAGCCGGCGCUUGGAGAAAUCGGGGGACUCGGAUAGGGCGGAACAGUGGAGUGGUGAUUUGCUAAGCUUAUACUAGCCGUCGGAUUACGAAGUGGUUGAUUGGAGAGAAAUGACGAAAAUCAGCCUCUUUUUUGGAUGAGCUGUUUAUCAGGAAACACAGGCGAGGGGUUUGACCUGCGUUACGCGUUUAGUGCAAAAAAUCAACUGCGUUUUUGGAUAAGCUGCCCAAAAACAGUUUACAAACGGCGAGACGGUGUUUUCAAAAUUCCACCGCAACGAAUAAGCUGCCUCAAAUGGGGCCUUGAUCUAUAACUUAGACACACAUUUUUAUGUAGAGAGGAGAUUUAAGUUUGGUGUUAUUUUAUUUGUUGAUUGUUACUUGAUAAUUAAAGGAUUUGUUAGCCAUUCACAUUAUAUGGAUUGGAUUGUGUGGUGAUUAGGGACAG